AUGGAUUUGAAGAAGAAACUGGUGGAUUCCGAAGAGGAUGAACUGCGCAAAGUGGCUUUCGUGGCCACUGUCGUCAGGUAAUCAAUCACUAUUUCGCCCCAACCCGAGAACGGUUUCUUUUCAGUUCUGCCGCUGGAAUCAUGUGCAUCAUUCUGAUUCCCGGACUGUACACCUAUCUGCAGUUCAUUCAGAGCUCUGUUCAAAGUGACGUUAGUUUUUGCUGCUUGUCAGUUUCUGUAAUAUUCCAAGACUGAAGGUUGGCUUCUGUGUCGACGGCGCGAAGAAUCUUGAGAACAUGUACAAGUCGACUGCUGAUUCGAAGCUGACUAAAAGACAAGCGGGCUACGGAGGUGGGAGACUAGGCUGACAUCUCGGUACAUUCUAUUACAGGAUCUUCCGCACCUUCUCGUUACUCUGGAAACCGCCCGUCUCAUACUCCAUACGACGCGGACGCCGUGUCUUCUUCUUCUUCCUCCUCAUCCGAAACUUGCUGCAGCUGUGGAAUCGGAUUGGCUGGCUCACCAGGAAUCCCUGGACGUCCGGGACGUGAUGGAGAAGACGGCCACGCUGGAAGACCUGGACAAGACGGAAGAGAUCUCGAUGGACCGUCGGCUGACGGUGCUGAAUUCGAAAUUGAUUGUCCGGCUGGACCACCAGGACCUCCAGGAAACCCAGGACCGCGAGGAAAUCCUGGGCGGUCUGGGUUGGACGGAGUUGCCGGCAGGAAUGGAAGAUGCGGAAGACCAGGAGAGCAGGGAGAACGUGGACAGAACGGAGAAGAUGGGCGUCCAGGAAGAAGAGGAGACGAUGGACAGCCUGGAGAAGUUAGAGACGUUCCUGCUCCAGCAGGGCAACCAGGUUCUCGAGGAGGAGUCGGAUCAGCUGGACCAGCAGGACCGAGAGGAAACGACGGACGGCCUGGAAACAAGGGACAAGCAGGUUCAAUCGGAGAGCCCGGAUUCGACGGAGCACCAGGAGGACCAGGAGCCGAUGGAGAGCCAGGAGCGCAGGGGCCAUUGGGAGAGAAGGGCGGAUGCUCGCACUGCCCACCGCCGAGAACUGCUCCCGGAUACUGA